CCCGUACCGUACCGGUACCCGUACAGUAUCUGCUGCAUGGGGCCGAACUGCAUGUAGUUUCGUGUGUAGGUCCCUAGCUGUUGUUAAAGAAUGAUUGACCGAGGUGGUCAGGUUUCUGAUCAGCGAUUCCUCACGUUCACUGUUUCUGCUAACCGGUAGGCCUAGUUUGUUUUCAGCAAAAUGUCUGAGGAAUUUGUCAACAGAGUCAUUAAGCUCGGUUCACAGACAUCUGGAAGGGACAAGUUGUACAGGACUUUCCAGUAUGGGAGUAAGUUCUUGGGGUGGUGUCUGGAGCAGGGAAGUGGUGACCAGGACUUGAUCCAGAAGAUCAAAGCAUUGGAGAGAACGCUGAGUACCAGUCGGAAAUUGUUGCGGCUCGGCAAAAGUUUAGACAUGCUAACUGGUGCUCUGAAGACAAUUCACUUGGAGGACACAUUUCUCCAGGUUACCAUUACCCUGUCAAAGCUGAAUCAGGCCUUGUACCUCCUGAUAGAUCAUGCUUUGUGGGCUCACCGUAUCGGUAUUGUCAAGGCCAAUAACGAGCGUCUGACCACCCUCUCCUCUCGAUUCUGGCUGGCAACGCUCAUCUUGAAUCUCUCCCGGGACCUGUAUGAGCUCAUGAACGUUGUCAAUAACGCCAUCGAUGUUUACAUGAAACAGAGGGAACAUCGCCACGGUGACUCGCCAAACGGAGAUCUAGUUCGGGUGGAAACUAACUUGCAGUUCAAUGAAAAUGCCAGGCAGUUGGACGUGCUGGCGUUCUGUCUGCAGAGCAAUAAGCCAAUUGUGCUGGAUCUAGUGAAAAAUGCUGCCGACUUGUUCCUUCCGCUGUCAAGUCUCGGGUAUCUUGCUAUACCGGCAGGCAUCCAGGGAUUAUGUGGUCUCAUCAGCUCACUGGUUGGAUUGGCGACGGUCUGGGAUGCUAAACUCAAGCUACAACCCUAAUGGCAGACUGGCGUUUCAACUCCUUCAAAUUAUAUUCAACCUAAUGUGGCAAUUAUAUUGAUUUCUUUUUGGAGAUUUGUAUAUUUUUUUGUCUGAAAAAUUAUUCACAUUUAAUUUUUGACUAAACCCUGCCAACUAAAUCGUUAAAAUUAUUUUUGUAUGUGUAUAAUUCAUUUUAUAAUUUACAUAAUAGCAUUUUGCAAGUAACCUCUUCCAGUUAGUAGCCCUCAAAAAUUCUUUUGCACAGGUCACCCACUUCUGAUUUGUAUCAAGUCCAAUGUCAAAUAGCAGUGGCCAGAUUGUACCCUUUCCGAUUCCUACAGAAUCUUCAGAAACCUCUUAAUGGAUUUUGAAGGAUCUGGGACGGUUCCAGGAAGGUUCUGAAUAUGACGUACAUAUACAUGGAUCAUAUUGAUCAAAGUAGGUAAUUUCAAAAAGAACAUUCUCAAAGGACAGAGCAGAUGCAGAAUGCAGAUCCAAUCCACAUUAAAUGGUCCUGUUGUCUGAGUAAACACUUUGUUGUAACAGCCACAGUAAGUUGUGUGAACGAACGGGCAUUACUAUGUAAUAUUGAUAUUGUUGAUUAGAAAUGGGACAAAUGAAAUGAAAAUUAUAUUGCAGCUAAUCGCUGUCUAACAUAUUGAAACUAGGCAAUACCUUUAACCCUACCCCUGUGCUCGUGCACUAGGGAGCAUACUGAACCCAACAAAGUUCAACAGAUACAUGUACAUGUAGGUCACUGUGCCAAACCUGAUAAACUCCAACAGAAU